CCUCGCCUUCCCCCUCUCCUCCCUUCCCCUCCCUUGAGGGUAGCCUUUUGCACCGUGCUCCGGCUGGCUAAUGCCUGCCCUCCCUGUCUGCGGCGAGAAGCCACAACGUGGAAGAGGGACGAGCGGGCUUACCGGACCCGGGUAGGCAGCGGGUGCGUUUGGGCGAAGGGAGUCUGUUCGGAUCUGCCGGAGGGGGUCCGGAUUAUAGUCGGCGGCAAAGGCCGCUUCCGUUCGAAUCCCAGAGGGGAGGCCGCCGGCGAGAGACAACGGGUGAUACGUCCAAGUCUGUAUCGAGACCCGCGGGGUCACAAGGGCAGGAUGAGAGAGUGGAUGGUGGCGGUUGGCAGGCGUCUUGAUUACGAUGGAUGGUGAUAAUGAUGAUGGUGAGUCUUGUCUUGGGGCCCUGUCCUGCCCUGCCCUGCCCUGCCCUGUCCUGUCCUGGGAACCAGCAAGGUCUGCGCUCUCUCCCUUGGACCAUCCAUCAACCAUUACAAUCCAAGUCCGGUAUCGCAGUUGACCGAGAAUUGGCGACGGAUGCAGAUGCAGAUGGAUGCAGAUGCCACCUGGACGGACGGACGGACGGUAAGUUUUCAUUGUGUGUGUGUGUGUAUGUGGCCUUUUUUUUUUUCUGCCUCAUUUUCUCUCUUUUUUUCCCUUCUUUUUUUUGUCUUUUUUUCCGGACCAGAACUCUCGGUAGGGCUAGGGGGAGAACGGACAACGAACGAGCAGUUUGUCAUGGGAUAAGAGUGGCUAUCAUUAUCGUCGUCGUCGCCGUCGUCUUCGUCGUCGUCAUCCUUGGGGCGAGGCCUGGGAAAGGAAGGCCAGAGAGAGGAAGGGCAAUGGCAUCGCGCCGGCCAAAGUCAAUACUCGUCCGUGAUGUCCAUCACCACCACCACCAGCGACGCUUUCGACCCCGACGGUCUCUCCUGGGCUCUGGACCGAAAGCAGCCGAUGUCAAGGCCGCCCGCCGAUCAGGCCAACAGAAGUCCCUCCCCCCCCGAAUACAAAACUCGUUCGUAAAACUAACAGAAAACGGAUAAACAAACAAACGCAUCCAUCCCCCCUUCCCCAUCUCCGCCAUGGACCCACGGGUCUCAUACCGUGUGACCGACUGACUUCCACGGACGAAACAUUCUGUUCUUGUGCCCGAGAAGCUUCCGUUAACAGCCCUCGAUGUCGAAAACCAGGCAAAACAGAGAGGCAGGAUACCAAACGGAGUCUCCGAUG